AUGGCGGCGGCCCCGCGGGCGUGCGGGCGACGGGCGGCGCGCGCGCCGCUCGCGGCGCUGCUUGACUGCUGCUGUGCUGGGGCCCGCCCGCCGGCCGCGGGCGGCCGCCGGCGCCGCCGCUAUUCCGAGGAGCGGCUGGGACCACCUGAGUCGCCGCUGAGGCGCCGGCGCGUUGGAGUUCGCGUGCUGGCGCGGAACAGCGCCAGCGCGCUGCCCCGCCAGCUCGGGCGCUCGACGGCUGCGCACCCGCGGGAGCGCACGGCGCUGUGGGUGGCCACGGACCACAACGCGGACAACACCUCGGCCGUGCUGCGGGAGUGGCUGGUGGCCGUGAAGGGUCUGUACCAUUCCGUGGAGUGGCGGCCGGCGGAGGAGCCCAGGUCCUACCCGGACGAGGAGGGCCCCAAACACUGGUCCGACUUGCGCUACGAGCACGUCAUGAAGCUGCGCCAGGCCGCCCUGAAAUCAGCUCGGGACAUGUGGGCUGACUACAUCCUGUUCGUGGACGCCGACAACCUGAUCCUGAACCCCGACACGCUGAGCCUGCUCAUCGCGGAGAACAGGACGGUGGUGGCGCCCAUGCUGGACUCGCGGGCCGCCUACUCCAACUUCUGGUGCGGAAUGACCUCCCAGGGCUACUACCGGCGCACCCCCGCCUACAUCCCCAUCCGCAAGCGGGAGCGCCGCGGCUGCUUCGCCGUGCCCAUGGUGCACUCGACCUUCCUCGUGGACCUGCGCAAGGCGUCCUCGCGGAGCCUGGCCUUCUACCCGCCCCACCCCGACUACACCUGGCCCUUCGACGACAUCAUCGUCUUCGCCUUCUCCUGCAAGCAAGCAGAGGUGCAGAUGCACGUGUGCAACAAGGAGGUGUACGGCUUCCUGCCGGUGCCGCUGCGCUCCCACAGCGGCCUCCAGGACGAGGCUGAGAGCUUCAUGCACGUGCAGCUGGAGGUCAUGGUGAAGCACCCGCCGGUGGAGCCCUCGCGCUUCGUCUCUGCGCCCACCAAGACGCCGGACAAGAUGGGCUUCGAUGAGGUGUUCAUGAUCAACCUGAAGCGGCGGCAGGGGCGGGCGCGCAUGCUGCGGGCGCUGCGCGAGCAAGAGAUCGAGUGUCUGCUGGUGGAGGCGGUGGAUGGCAAGGCCAUGAACGCCAGCCAGGUGGAGGCGCUGGGCAUCCAGAUGCUGCCGGGCUACCGGGACCCCUACCACGGCCGGCCGCUCACCAAGGGCGAGCUGGGCUGCUUCCUCAGCCACUACAACAUCUGGAAGGAGGUGGUGGACCGGGGGCUGCAGAAGGCGCUCGUGUUUGAGGACGACCUGCGUUUCGAGAUCUUCUUCAAGAGGCGCUUGAUGAACCUCAUGCGGGACGUGGAGCGGGAGGGCCUGGACUGGGACCUCAUCUACGUGGGCCGGAAGCGGAUGCAGGUGGAGCACCCCGAGAAGGCCGUGCCCCGCGUGAGGAACCUGGUGGAGGCCGACUACUCCUACUGGACCCUGGCCUACGUGCUCUCCCUGCAAGGCGCCCGCAAGCUGCUGCGCGCCGGGGCGCUUGGCCAAAAGUGCUUGCCGUUUGACGAUUUUCCUGCCGUCAUGUUCGACAAGCACCCAGUGUCCGAGUACAAGGCCCACUUCGCCCUCCGCAACCUGCGAGCCUUCUCCGCGGAGCCCCUGCUCGUGUACCCCACGCACUACACGGGGGACGACGGGUACGUCAGCGACACGGAGACCUCGGUCGUGUGGGACAACGAGCAGGUCAAGACCGACUGGGACCGCGCCAAGUCCCAGAAGAUGCGGCGGCAGCAGGCGCUGAGCCGGGAGGCCAAGAACUCGGACGUGCUGCAGUCCCCGCUGGACAGCGCCGCCCGCGACGAGCUCUAGCCGGGCGCCCGGAAAGCCGCCGCCGCACCUGCGCACCUGCGCACCCGGGCGGGGCGGGGGGGGCUCCCCACGCAGGCUGGUGCCCCGCCCGC